CCGUGAGUGGGGUUAACGGUUAUUCACUUUUUUGAGGAAAUAGGCCUAGACUGUGACUCAGCAUGUCAAUAGUGACGGUACAGCUUGGUCAGUGUGGCAAUCAGAUUGGUUUUGAAGUGUUUGAUACCUUAUUCAGUGACUCACACAGUUCCCAGGGACUCUGCUCUAAGAGAGAGAAUGAGGCAUAUCGAGCAUCUUGCAAAGAAAGAUUCUUCAAUGAGGAGGAAAAUGGAGUUCCAAUUGCCCGGGCUGUACUGGUCGACAUGGAACCUAAAGUUAUCAAUCAAACAUUGUCAAAGGCUGCCCAGUCUGGCCGGUGGAAAUAUGGUCAGCAUGCAUACUUCUGUCAAAAACAAGGUUCUGGAAACAACUGGGCAUAUGGUUACUCUGUUCAUGGACCCAGGCAUGAAGAAUCUAUAAUGAACCUAAUCCAGAAGGAAGUGGAGAAAUGUGACUCUCUGAGUGGUUUUUUUAUUAUAAUGAGUAUGGCCGGGGGCACAGGAUCGGGGAUAGGAGCCUUUGUUACACAGAAUUUGCAAGAUCAGUACGCACACUCUUUGAAAAUGAAUCAGAUUAUAUGGCCUUAUGGAACUGGUGAGGUUAUUGUUCAGAACUACAACUCCAUUUUGACGCUUUCUCACUUGUACCGAUCUUCAGAUGCACUGCUUGUUCAUGAGAAUGAUGCUGUCCAUAAGAUAUGUGCGAAACUGAUGAAUAUCAAGCAGAUCUCCUUUAGCGAUAUCAAUCAAGUCCUCGCACAUCAGCUGGGAAGUGUGUUCCAGCCUGUUUACUGUGCAGAAGGCUCAUUUCACUACAGAAGAAAUCCACUAGGAGACUUAAUGGAGAAUUUAGUUCCUCAUCCUGAAUUCAAGAUGUUGGGUGUUCGUAACAUUCCGCAAAUGUCUGAGAAUUCAUUGGCAUACAGCACGUUUACUUGGGCUGGCCUCCUCAAGCAUUUGAGACAGAUGCUCAUUUCUCAUGCAAAGAUGGAAGAAGGUAUUGAUUGGCAAGUGCGACCUCCUUUAUCAGGACUUCCUCCUCUUGGUAAAAUGCCUCUCAACAAGGAGCUUCAUUUUAACACUUCCAUCGCUAACUUGGUCAUCCUUCGAGGGAAGGAUGUGCAAAGCGCGGAUCUUGAGGGAUUUAAAGAUCCAGCUCUGUAUACCUCCUGGUUACAUCCUAUUCAUGCUUUGAACGUGUGGAAAACCCAGCGAGCCUUUAGCAAAUAUGAGAAGUCUGCAUCGUUGGUGAGCAACAGCCAGUUCUUAGUAAAACCACUCGAUAUGAUUGUGGGCAAAGCGUGGAAUAUGUUUGCUUCAAAAGCCUACCUUCAUCAGUACACAAAAUUUGGAAUUGAAGAAGAAGACUUCUUGGACAGUUUCACAUUGUUAGAGCAGGUUGUUGCCAGUUACUAUAACCUCUGAUCUUGAACAAAGGAAAACAGUAUCUUGAAGUAUUUUCAAUACUACUUUGUGAGGUUUUCAAAGUCCU